AUGCUCAUCAAUUUCGAAAAGGUCUUAUCUCUGGCUCUCCUGGCUGGUAGCGUGAGUGGCCGCAAACAUGUCCCGAGAGGCUUCGUGACAACCUCAGGAAUGAAGUUUCAGCUGGACGGGAAGGAUUUCUACUUCGCCGGCAGCAAUGCGUAUUACUUUCCAUUCAACGAUAACCAAACCGAUGUCGAGCUGGGUCUUGCUGCUGCCAAACAGGCGGGACUGACUGUCUUCCGUACCUGGGGGUUCAAUGACAAGAACGCCACUUAUAUCGAAGGCGGCCUACCAGCUUAUGGUGGAGAAGGAGCAGGAACAACGGAAGUUGUCUUCCAACGCUGGGCUAACGGCACAUCGACCAUCGACCUGGAGCCAUUCGACAAGGUUGUGAAUGCUGCGAAAAAUACCGGCAUGAAAUUGGUCGUUGCUCUCACGAAUAACUGGGCUGACUAUGGCGGCAUGGAUGUAUACACCAUCAACUUGGGUGGCCAGUAUCAUGACGAUUUCUACCGUCUUCCAGCGAUCAAGAAAGCAUACAAGAGGUACGUAAAGGAGAUGGUGACUCGCUACCGCGACUCGCCAGCCAUCAUGGCCUGGGAGCUGGCCAACGAGCCUCGCUGCGGAGCUGACGGGGUGCGCAACUUGCCCCGGAGUGCAGACGGUUGCAACCCGGAAGUCCUCACGGCCUGGAUUGAUGAGAUGAGCACGUAUAUCAAGAAACUCGACCCCCAUCAUCUGGUGACAUGGGGUGGUGAAGGCGGGUUCAACAUUGAGUCUGACGACUGGGCGUAUAAUGGCGCGGAUGGAGGAGACUUUGACAACGAAUUGGCCUUGCCCAACAUCGACUUCGGCGUCUUCCACUCGUAUCCUGACUGGUGGAGCAAGACGGUGUCGUGGACAAACCAAUGGAUCCGUGAUCACGCUGCCGCGAUGAGAACGGGCCGGAAACCGGUUGUCCAUGAAGAAUACGGCUGGUUGACCCCCGAAGCUCGUCUUGAGUACCUCGGAACCGUCUCUAAUAUCACGCGCCUCGAGGCCGUCGGAGGCUGGCAACAGAUCAGCGUCAGCGAGAAAAUGUCGGAUAUGUACUGGCAAUACGGUUACUCGGGAUACUCCUAUGGACGGAAUCACAAUGAUGGAUUCACAAUCUAUCUCGAUGAUCCCGAGGCAAAGGAGCUUGUCUAUAAGCAUGCCAAAGAAGUGAAGAAGCUCAACCGCCGCCACUGA